AUGACUAAUAACAAAAAGCUAAUAAGAAGACAGUCGUUAAUAUCCAAAAUACAAUCAUGGCCAUUUGAUUUAUGGUUGACUAUAAAUGAAUAUAGAUUAUCAAUAGAUUGGGAUAAUUAUGCAACUACAAUAGCAUUACCUUUGGGUAUAUUAAGUAUAUGUACUUGUUUAAUUAUAAGUACUAUCCUUAAUUAUUAUCAAUCUAUUAAUUCUAAAUCAAACAAUAUCCUUUUUAAUAGUGAUUAUCAUAAUUAUGAGCAAUUGAAGAGAAACUUACUCCUGAAGAAACCCAUUUCCAUUGCUGAUCAAGAUGAUAUCACUCCUUUUACUAGUACUGCAAUUGGGUUAUUAAAUUUAAUAUAUACCAUUAUUGCUGUUCUUGCAAUUAUCAAUAUGAUACAAGUACUAACCACCAAGAGGAAUUAUGGUUUAUUAUAUUGUAAACAAAAACCAAAAUCAAAAUCAGUUUUCAAAUCUUCAAUUGAUCAAAUAUCAUAUGUCCUUGAAAUUUUAGCCUUCUUAUUAAAAUUGUUUUGGAAAGAUUCAGAAGAAGAAGAUGUAACAUUUGAUGAAACUAAUGAACAUAUUGGAGAAAAUGAAAUAUGGCAAUUAAAUGUUUGGAAUCCUCCAUUAUUUCAAUUAUAUUUAUCAAUUGCAUUGAAUCCAAUUAAUAUGUCCAUAAUCUCUUGCCUAACUCCAACCUCAUCAUCGUUGUUAUCCAUUAUAUUGUUGAUUACGCUUAUAACUGGUUUCAAUUACAUUUGGAUAGACAAAUAUCAAUCCUUAAUUUCAGACAAACAAAUAAUCUACCAAGAAAUGUUUCAAGAAUAUAACAAUAAAUUUGUGAAACCAAAAACAACAAUCUUAAAAAAAGAUGCUGUGAUAGAUGCGACAAUGGGCCCAUUCCAUCUGGAUGUAUUAGUAGAUAAAGAAGGAUAUACUUUUACAAAAUCAAAAGUAUUCACUACCCAUGACAUCAAAGGGAAACAAAUCACCGAAUAUGGAGAACUGAUCCCACCAACACCACCAUCCAGGCACCAAAAACAUCAAGCUCCACAAGAUUAUCUCAAUGCCUUUGAUCAAAGAAAUCCAUACAUGUCCUACCAAGACAACAUCAAUCCGUACCAAUUCUCAAGGCUACCAAGUUACAAUCCCAAUCCAACUCCACCACCACACGGUCAACAUCAAAGAAAUGAUGACCGGAGUUGGAUCACCCUGUCAACCCCCUAUAAACCAUUCAACCCCAUUCCAAUAGAUAAUUUCCCCCAAAUGCUUCCUCUAAACCCACUUCCAUAUACACCUGACUUGAGAACAUCCUCAAGUCCGAAUAGGUUAGUUAAUAGAUCACAUAGUUCCACAAGAUCACCCAGUCCAUCACACCAUCGAGGAGGAGUUUCUCCUAGUUUGGGCCAACGAAGUUUUCUUCCCCUGGUUGGGAAUAGAUUGAGUCCAAAUAGACCGAGUUUAGGAUAUUAUGACGAUGAAGAUACUGAAACUGGAAGUAGGCGCGGUAGUAUUGUGGACCAGCAUCAACAACAACAAGGGUUUAGAUCGCCUAGUCCGGUGAGAGCGUCAAUGCUGGAGAAGUGGAAAUCUCCUAGUCCCACUAGGAGACGUCCUUCUGAUGUGAAUUCUUCAAGACUGUGGAGAUAG